CUAACGGCCGUUUUCGCUCUUCAUUUUCUUGGAUUCUCUCUCUCUCUCUCUCUCUCUCUCUCUCUCUCUCUCUCACACACACACAGUCUCUCUCAGUCUCUCUCUUCUCUUGAUCUGCCAUUCCUCUUACGUAAGGAAGAACCUCACCUUCUAUGAUCCUUCGUCUGCAACUUCAACUACUACUACUGCUGCGAUUUGUCCACUAGUCCGGGAUGUAGCAUUAAGGUUAUAAUGUAUGAGACCUUUGAGGAGCAAAAAGGUGGAGAGCCCUAUGACAUUGUCAUGUCAGCUUUUUUUAGUUCAAUUAAUGAAGAAAGCUGAAGUUCAAAAUGCUAGAUAAUCAAUCUGGAGAAUUUAGUGAGCUUAAUGAUGAUAUGGCGGUUCAGGAAGUCUGUGCAAAUGGACUUUCGAUGAAAACUUCUGAGGUUGAAGCAAAACUAGAUGAGGGUAAUAUUCAGGAAGCAGAAUCUUCACUCCGGGAGGGUUUGUCACUUAAUUUUGAGGAAGCUAGAGCCCUUCUUGGAAGGUUAGAGUACCAAAGAGGCAAUGUGGAAGGUGCCCUUCGAGUUUUUGAUGGGAUUGAUCUUCAGGCAGCUAUUCAACGGUUGCAACCUUCUCUUACUGAGAAACCACCUUCUAGGAGGAACCGCUCCCGCACUGAGUCAUUGAACAUUGCUUCUCAGCAUGCAGCUAGCUUGGUGCUUGAAGCUAUAUACCUGAAAGCCAAAUCUCUUCAGAUGCUUGGGAGAGCAACUGAGGCUGCACAGGAAUGUAGAAGUGUCCUUGAUGCUGUGGAACGGAUAUUCCAACAUGGCAUUCCUGAUGUGUUGGUGGACAAUAAAUUGCAAGAGACCGUUAGUAAGGCUGUAGAGCUCCUUCCUGAGCUUUGGAAGCAAGCUGGCCAUUAUCAGGAAGCAAUGUCUGCUUACAGACGUGCCCUCCUGAGUCAGUGGAACCUUGACAAUGAGUGCUGUGCAAGGAUUCAAAAGAACUUUGCCAUCUUUUUGCUGUACAGUGGUGUUGAAGCUGGUCCACCUAGUUUAGCAGUCCAGAUUGAUGGCUCAUAUGUUCCAAGAAACAAUCUAGAAGAGGCAAUUCUCUUGUUGAUGAUUCUUUUAAGAAAGUUUUACCUUGGUAAGACCAUAUGGGAUCCUUCAGUAAUGGAGCAUUUUACAUUUGCACUAUCUCUUUGUGGUCAAACUUCCAUAUUGGCAAGGCAAAUAGAAGAAAUCUUACCUGGAAUAUUUCAUCGUUGUGAUCGAUGGAACACUUUGGCUCUUUGCUACAGUGGAGCAGGACAAAAUGAAUCUGCCUUGAAUCUUUUGAGGAAGUCCUUACACAAUCAUGAAAAACCAGAUGAUCUCCUGGCACUGCUAUUGGCUGCAAGGAUAUGCAGUGAAGACUCUCUCCUUGCUUUAGAGGGUGUAGGUUAUGCACAGAGAGCAAUUGCAAAUGCUCAAGGUGUGAAUGAACAUUUGAAGGGUGUAGGUCUUCACAUGUUGGGUCGUUGUUUGGGAAAGCAAGCUAAGGUUGCUUCAUCAGACUUUGAGAGGUCUCAUCUACAGUCUGAAGCUUUAAAAUCAUUAGAUGCGGCAAUUGCUUUUGAAUGUGACAACCCAGAUUUAAUUUUUGACUUGGGGCUUCAAUAUGCAGAGCACCGGAAUUCCCAUCCAGCCUUGCGUUGUGCAAAACAAUUUAUUGAUGCAACUGGAGGGUCCAUACUAAAAGGUUGGAGAUUGCUUGCUCUAGUUUUGUCUGCCCAACAACGGUAUUCUGAAGCUGAAGUAGUUACCGAUGCUGCCUUAGAUGAGACUGCAAAGUGGGAGCAAGGACCAUUGCUCAGAAUGAAAGCACAACUGAAAAUAUCUCAGUCACUGCCUAUGGAUGCCAUUGGAACUUAUAGGUUCCUCCUUGCACUGGUUCAAGCCCAGAGGAAAUCCUUUGGGCCUCUCAGAAGUGGUAUUCCUCAGGUCGAGGAUGAUAAGGUCAGUGAGUUUGAAGUUUGGCAAGAUCUUGCAAAUUUAUAUGCCAGCCUUUCACAUUGGCGGGAUGCUGAGGUAUGCUUGGAGAAGGCUAGAUCACUGAGGCAGUAUUCUGCUGCAACAUUGCACAGUGAAGGCUUUAUGAAUGAGGGACGUGGACAAAUCCAAGAAGCAUUGGCUGCUUAUAGUAAUGGCCUCUUACUGGACCUAAGUUAUGUGCCUUCCAGGGUCUUCAUGGGUGCAUUGCUUCGGAAAAUGGGCCCAAAGGCAUUACCUGUAGCAAGAAGCUUCCUAUCAGAUGCAUUGAGGCUUGAACCCACGAACCGUGCAGCUUGGUAUCACUUAGGAAUGAUUCAUAAGGAUGAUGGAAGAAUAGCUGAUGCUUGUGACUGCUUCCAAGCAGCAUCUAUGCUUGAAGAAGCGGAUCCAAUUGAAAGUUUCAGUUCAAUUUUGUGAGUGGGUGUUCUGCUGUUUAAUCUCCCAAGCAUUUACCAGUAAAUUGCAGAAAGUUUCAGUUAUGGAUAUUUAUCUGUGUCCAUGGCAAUUUGACAAGCCCAAUGUAUAGGUAAGUUUUGUCAUCUCAUGCAGGGUUUCAUUCUUACUACAAUUGUUCUCCUGCUUCACUAUUUGCCUGUAAGGAAAUGGGUAAAUAAUUGGAAAUGAGAGAAAAGAAAAAUCAUCUGAUUGGUCAAACUGUGAGAGGAUGUAUGUACAAUAGAGAUUUCAAGGCUAGGGUUUCACAUUUAAUAGCAAUAUCCAUCUUGUUGCUCCAAUGUAAAAGCAUAUGGAGGAUUGCUGUGUGAAAUUUAUUUAGAUAUCCAUAACAUAUUCAUUUUCUUUGUAAUUAUUGCUUGAAAUAACAUUAUAGUUUAGCAUAGGCUUCUAACUCUUGGAAUUGAGCCAAGUCAAUUUUAACUUACUAGCUGCUUGUUUCACAAUUCACUGCUAUCAUUUCUAUCAA